AACGCGCUACAUUAUCGCUUGUUGUUUGUGUCAGAGAAUGUCAUUCGGCUGGAGAAUGGCCCGGAACCACGUCGCGGCCCGUGUUUUCCAGCCGACGUCGACUGUUUUCUUUGUUGUCGGGAAGGAAGAAUAUCCGGUUUCGAUAAAUCGAGUUUAGAUUCGGUUUGCAGCGGUUGCCGGGCGGACAUGGCGGUGUGCGGGGUUCACCUGGACUCUGAUGCUUUCCUCGUGUGUUUGAAUCACGCUCUGUCCACGGAAAAAGAGGAAGUGAUGGGGCUCUGUAUUGGAGAGGUUGACACAAGUAGGAUUGUUCACAUUCAUUCUGUUAUUAUCCUCCGUCGCUCAGAUAAGCGCAAAGAUCGGGUGGAAAUUUCUCCAGAGCAACUUUCUGCAGCCUCUACUGAAGCUGAGAGAUUAGCUGAUAUGACUGGCCACCCGAUGAGAGUGGUGGGAUGGUAUCAUUCUCAUCCACAUAUCACUGUAUGGCCUUCACAUGUAGAUGUCCGAACCCAGGCCAUGUACCAGAUGAUGGACCAGGGUUUUGUAGGACUUAUCUUUUCCUGUUUCAUUGAAGACAAGAACACCAAGACUGGUCGAGUUCUCUACACCUGUUUCCAGUCGAUUCAAGCGCAGAAAGGUUCUGAAUAUGAACGAAUUGAAAUCCCUAUUCAUGUUGUGCCACAUGAAACCAUUGGCAAAGUGUGCCUGGAGUCUGCUGUGGAGCUUCCAAAAAUUCUUUGUCAGGAAGAGCAGGAUGCUUAUAGAAGAAUUCACAGUCUGACACAUCUGGACCCAAUAACCAAGAUUCACAAUGGAUCAGUUUUCACAAAGAAUCUGUGCAGCCAAAUGUCGUCCAUUAGUGGUCCUCUGCUACAAUGGCUGGAGGAUCGUUUAGAUCAGAACAAACAACACAUCCUGGAACUUCAGCGGGAGAAGGAACAGCUCCUCCAGGAACUAGCAGUCCUAAAAUGAAAGAAAUUGUAGGAACUAAGGAAAGAGGAACAGGAAAGUGCAAGCAGAAUAAUCUUUUUCUGAUGAGAAAGGAAGCCAUUUGACUGCAACAAAAAUGUGUAGCAAAGCUUUUAUGUCAUGUUUAAGAUCCCACUCAAUUUAUCUUUAAUCAAGCCUGUUCAACAAGUGGAAGGAAGCACAUAUUGGCUUUGGUUGGCUUUUACACCAAAAGGGGAUUGUUCCAGUCAUUGCUGGAUCUAAGUAUUCACACUUCAGGAGACCAGCACUGGAAUCAAUAGCUCUAUUUAUAUCAACUUAUUGCUUGGACUAGUUCGCUGACAAUAUUAAAUAAUUAUUCUUUCAGUUGAACAAGGUGUUAACAGAAGUUGGUUUAAUUAAUAUUACUUUUCAAGACCAGGGAAUUUGUCGAGUACUUGAUAAAUUGUCAACGAAAGAAAUGUCUACUUGUGUUUUUAUUUGCAUAAUAGAAAUUGGAAUUUGUGGCAUCUAUUAGAUGCUGUGAUUUAUUUUAAUAUAACUAUCUAUAUAAUAUAACAGAUUGGGAAAUUCAAGAAUUUGUGGAUACCGUAGAGCGCAUCUUUCAAAGAUACAAUAGGUCACAAGACGUUAGUUAUAUCUUAAAAAGUGAGACUGUUUAUUUCUCAUUUUUCAUCCUGUGAAUAAAUUUGGUGAAUAAAGUAAACAAUUUUGUUCCCAACUUCAGAAAUAUUUAGGAUGUUUUGCCAUUUACAAUAGAGUGUCAGCAUAUCAUCUAUGUGCAUUAUAUUGAUUCAUUUCACCACUGUGGAGCCUUUUUGUGAUAUUUGAUUAGAUUAUUAACUUAGCCAAAUGGUAUAUUCUGGAACUUCAAUAUGAAUGGAAUAUCAUUUUCAGGAAUUGAUCAGUUUCACAGAAGGAAUGAUAGGACCUGUAGGGAAGUGAUAGGAAAUUUCAUGCUAGUGAUCUUUAAAGCAGAAUAGUAAAUCAAUUGAAUUGCGAUAAAGCUACAGUCAUUGGCUUGAUAGAACCUAGAGACAACGUUGUUUAUUCUGCUGCUUAAUCAACUUUGAGUAUGCCUUUCGAUUUCUUGGUCUACGGGUUAGUUGAAUUGCCAUUUUCAGUCAGCUUUAUUUAUUGAUCUCAAUGCAUUGGUUUUUGAUAUACAUCUAGUGAACUGUUUGAACUGGUGCAAUCCAUAAUCCAGUUAGAAAGAUAAUGUAGUCCAUAUAAGGUGAAGUAACACUUCCUAGGAAUAGUUCAAGCAAUUCCUAUCUAUGACUGCUUGAUUGUGGGGCGACUGCAUGCCUGAUUGCUGUUUCCAAGUUAGUUUUGGCUCACACAUUGCCUUCAUAUUUGCAUUCAUUUGAUUUGUAGGGUGCUAAAUGCAUAGGUAAAACGUACAAAUCUCUUCAGUCCUAAACAGUUUUAUAGCUUUAAACCCAGAUAUGUGCUAGAAUGGGUAUUGUUUAGGUUACUGAUAUUUAAAUUAAAAUAGCCAAUGAUAUUUAAAACUAAACAAUAUUAAGAACAAGCCCAGUUUUUAUCCCUAAAAUAUCAUCAAAGUAUUUUCUGCCUUAAAUAUUUUGUGCUUGUGUAUGUUUAUAAUCUUAAGAAGACAUGCAUUUAAGGUAUGUUAAACAAAAUUUAAUUCAUUCAUAAAUCACUUGCCUUAAUUAUUGCUUUUAAGAAGUUAUCCAUAACCAAUUCACUGUGAGCAGUAGCACUGGAUAUAUGUAAAAAAUUUUUUAAAAACUGGGCAUACACAUCUCAUUCACUUUAUACCAAAUAUGUCGCACCUCGUAAAUAGAUAAGAAAAGCAAUAAUUUGUAGUGAAUAGAAAAUCUGGGAGUAGAAACUAGCAAAGCUACCACGGAUGAUUUUUUUUUAAAUUAACCUUCCCACACACUAAGCCAGGAUUCUGAUAACAAUUAACCUUUUUUACUUAAUGUCAAUUAGAUUUCACAGCCUUAGUAGAAAUGUUAAAAGAUCAAUUGUAAAAUGUUUAAGUGGUAAAUGAUUAUAAAACAACAAAUGCUUUUGUCUUAGUUAAAAGAAGUGUGCUAUUAAUUCAGAAAUCUUUCAUCUAUUGAUAAAAUUUUUGUGCCUCAUUUGCAGCUCAAUUUUAAACAUAAUGACAACAAAUUUCACUGAUGAAGGAAAAUAUCAAUCAGAAGUAUAGGAUAUAUUUUAAGAUAUUUCAAUAUUUUUCCACUUUUUUUCAUGUUUGAGAAAGCUGGUCUUUGAUUUCAUCAGGGUUCCCAAAACUUAAAUUACUGAGCAAACUUCAAAAAAAGCACCAAUGUUAUUCUUUGCACGUUCUCUGGACAGUAUUAAAGUAAUGUUUCACUGUUAUACAAUUAUUCUGUGCAAUGUGUGUCUCUGAAUAUAACUUCUCUCCAUUAACAUUAUCACACUUUGAAAUGUGGAACUCUUAAGGUGCUACAGGAUUGAUACUAUAACUGAUAAUAAUGACUUGUGUACCAGGAUGUGGCAAGACUUGAUGUUGUUUUCUCCAUCUAUUUCAAUUUCUCCUUUCUGUUAUAGCGAUGGAAAGUGAAUAAAAUACUA